AUGUCUGUGACCUUAUCGAAUAUUUACGUAAAGAAAAAUUUUCCAAUGAAACGCGAAUACGAAGAGUUUAACGAUGAGAAAGCUGAAACGAACUUCAGCGAUGAAAAUGAAUCAAGCGAUGUAGAGAACUCGCCAGAUGAUAGCAACAAUACAGCUUUAGAUUACACUGAGAACACGUUAGCAUUGAAUCCAGUAGCUGAUUUCAUUAAGAAGGAGUUCUUGCCAGAUUUCGACUUCAAUCCGUUUAGAAAUCAGAAUAUUUUCAAAGAUGGAUUUCAGAAUCGGUCACCUUUCCUACUACCGACACAGCUGUAUAAGAGCUUCCUCGCAACUCUUGGGAAGAGAAGGAGAAAUGUUAGCGAAUGUUAUUCUCUUUAUUCGAGAAAUAUGCUGUUUUCUAAUGGUUUCGGAUACGAAGUUUCUGAUGAUGAGAAUGGGGAUCGAAUAGCUGAUUCACCGGACGAGAAGGCGGGUGCGUCAUCAGCAUUUGUGUGGAGCGGAGGGGGGGUUACCGGUGGCGGAGGGCAAGAGCAGCAGCAGCAAAGCACCGUACCAACUGGCACAUCUGGUGGUGGAGGUGCCCAAGGCCUUGUCCACUGGAUGUCGGUGAUGGCAGAGCACAUGGGGGGAGGGCAUGACCCCUCCCAUUAUGCUCUCCCCCCCUGGAACAACGGUGCUGUUGACUGUACCCGAACUGUAACAAUGGCUCGAUCACACAUCUACGGUGUCCACAAUUUUGACAGCCGGGAGACCGGUCUGGGAAGAUUAAUGGAUGCUCUACUCAUCGCAGUAAUGACGCCCUCUUCGUGCGGUCUAAUGACACCGAGAAUAGGGUGA